AUGGAUUAUGAAAAUGGAUCAACUGUGACAGAAUUUAUUUUAGUGGGAUUUUCUGGAGACUGGCAAAUUCAAACUUUCUUCUUUGUAACAUUUUCUUUGAUCUAUGGUGCAACUGUGGUGGGCAACAUUCUUAUCGUAGUCACAGUGGCAGCUAAUUCUACCCUCCGUUCUCCCAUGUACUUUCUUCUCGGGAACCUCUCCUUUCUGGACAUGUGUCUUUCUACUGUCACAACUCCCAAGAUGAUCAGAGACUUGCUUGCAGAACACAGGAGCAUCUCUGCAUGGGGCUGCAUGGUUCAGAUGUUCUUCAUGCACUUCUUUGGGGGUGCUGAAAUGACACUUUUGAUAGUCAUGGCCUUUGAUAGAUAUGUGGCCAUUUGCAAACCCUUGCACUACAGGAUCAUCAUGAGUCACAGGUUGCUGAAUACCUUUGUGAUACUUUCCUGGACAAUUGGCUUCAUACACACCAUGAGCCAGAUGGUGCUGACAGUGAAUUUGCCUUUCUGUGGCCACAAUAUCAUAAAUAACAUAUUUUGUGAUCUCCCCCUGGUAAUCAAGCUUGCUUGUAUUGAAACAAACACUCUGGAGUUAUUUGUCAUUGCUGACAGUGGGCUGCUGUCUUUUAUCUGUUUCAUCCUCUUGCUUGUUUCUUACACUGUCAUUCUGGUCACCGUAAAGCACAAAUCACCUGGCAGGCUUUCCAAGGCUCUGUCCACAUUGUCUGCCCACAUAAUCGUGGUCACUCUGUUCUUUGGACCCUGUAUCUUCAUCUAUGCCUGGCCAUUUAGUAGGUUUGCGAGCAAUAAAGUGCUUGCUGUAUUUUAUACUGUUAUCACUCCCUUACUGAAUCCUAUUAUUUACACACUGAGAAAUCAGGAAAUGAAAAAAGCUAUGAGAAAACUAUGGAUUAAACAAGGUAGCUUUGUGUAGAACAUAUAGACCGAGCAGUACAUUGUUACCACAGCCUUUGAAUAGCAUGACUAGUUCAGUUUAAGACUAUUGAUACUGUAUUGUUUGACUUUUAUGUUUGUAUCACCCACUAAUAAAGAGAAAUUUAUACCAAUGCAUUACUGUUUCACUAAUAGGGAUGGUUUAAUGUUAUUUUUCAACAUUUUUUAUUUUGAAUAUUUUCCAGUAAUAUACACUUCCUCUGUUU